AUGUUCGUAUUAGCGUCUUUCAUUUCGUCGGUGAUCGAUUUUCAAAGAAGACGUCGACUGAAGCUAGUUCUUGAAGCAUUUUUCAAUGACAUCAAUAAACAGCACAUGAGUUUAUUGUGUAAAAGGACGGAUGAAGCCUCGACAUCCGGCUAUAACAAUGGAAUGGGUCUGCGAAAGCAAGUCUCGGCUCAUUUAUCCGAUCCAGAACUGAACAUAGAAAAAGAUCGAGAUUUUGUACUCUAUUUUAAUGAGUGUCGAGAGAUUAUCGUUGUACCCGCACAAUUGAACUCAUUUUGCUCUCGAGUUGGUUUUUCAUCUAGGAAAACGAUGGAAGGACUGUAUUCAUGCUCAUUAGAAGAUUUUCUGGAAAUAGUUUAUGCUUGGAGUGUCGAUUCUCUUUAUGAAAGCUCUACAGGACCUGCGAUUGAAAUGAUACAGACUUAUAUGAUCGAAGAUGCCUUAUCAAGAACAAUGUCCAGUUCAUCGUGUAUAGCAACAACUUCAAGUCGGGAUAAUAGCAUCUUUGCCCUUUAUUCAUUCUCCAAACAAAAAGCUCUGCCAAUGCUCGAACAAUUAUUCUGGGGCGAUCAACUUGGACUCACACAAUCGAUUAGACAAAAAUUUUUCUCUGAAAGUGCCUUAAACAUUGAACUACCAUUUUUCCGUCAACAAUCAUUUCGAUUGCCUACACAACCGAAGAUGAAAUGCUCAACAGCUCGUUCAUCUCUACGAUAUCGAGCACCUAGUCCUAGUCCAAUGGCAAUUGAAUUUAGAAAAAACGAAGUUUCGUCUACUGAUUUCCGUAGAGCCAACAAUGGUAGCCCGGCAAACUUUGGAAGUCUGCCGUCUAGUUAUCGAAAUCAUUCCGUUCCUCCCUAUUUACGACUUAUCCUUGAAAAGGAACAAGCGAAAAAAGAGAUUCAAAAUAAACAACAAUCCAGUGAAGAAAAGGAUACAAAAGUGCCUGAGGUAGUCCCCCAAAGAGCUUGUCCUUUGGUGGAAUUCAGCUCGGACGUUCAAAAAGUGAAAAAUUCAACUUCAACUAAAGAAAUAGGGUCUUCAGUCGAAACUUUCGAUGAUCUUGCUCAAUACGAUGAAAAUCGAAUAAAGAUUAGAUUACUUGAUGAGAACGUACCCUACAUUGACUCCCAAACAACGAGUGGAAAUUCGGCUGAAGACACGCCGAGAAGCGAAGUAUUGACAACUCCAACAAACACACCAAGGGCCGAAUUAUCCGCAACUUUUGAGUUUGAUCCAGAAAGGCAAAUGGUAGUUGCCAACUCGAGUAGAGAAAGCAGAAAAGUCGAGCGGACAAACGGAAGACCGCACGCCAAUUUUGAGGUGACAAAGAGCUCGCUUAAUCCGUUGAGACGAUCUAUCGUUGAAGUCCGAAAAGAUGGUGAUUUCUCGGACAACAGCUCGUCCGAAAUUCAACAAAAAUUCGAAAAUGGAUUGAAUGAAUUUCGAAGGCAAAGUUUGGUGACAAGAAGAGGUAAAGUGAGGAAAAAGAAAACGAGAUUACAGAGAGAACCUCUAUUGGAGGAUUACGAAGCUGCAAAA